AUGUCUACCACAAGUUCCAACUCCUCUUCCUCCUACUCCUCCUCUCCCUACCUCUCCUUCCAAUGGCCCCGUCCAGACAAUCCCAACUUCGUCUGCUGGCACCGCGGCUUCGACAACCCAAACGCCAACAUCAUGGUCGCCCUCCUCGUCCCAUGGAUCCAAUGGCCUAACAACCCCCUCGACGACGCCAACUCUCGCUGGACUGUCAUUCAAGAUAAAGCGCACCAGGCCGUUUGUCACUGGCGUCGAGCCCUCCGGGAAAAGGUCUCGGGCGAGGCGCAUCAGAAGCACAUGAAGCUCACGAGUAUCAUCCUCAUGAAUUCGCAGCUGAGACUGACCGUUGAUAGCUUGGUUCAAGGUGAGGAGCACAUGAUGCUGUUCUAUGGGUUCGUGGCGGAUGAGUUGAUGGGGAUGGAGGAUGUCAAGGAUGUCAGGAUGGGGAAGAGCGUUAUCAAGUGGAUUGGCUCUGGGGAGGAUGCGUAUCCUGUUACGUCACUUUCAAGUUGGUUUGUUCUUCCACUUUUCGAUGUGGGGCACAAACAAGAUCAACCACCAACUUCUUUAUAUCAACAAUUCUCACUCUUCCCAAUCUUUACUGUCACGAACAAAUACAUAAAUUUUACAAUGUCGUCUCCUCCAGAACGUGCAUCCGCACUCGUGCAAUGGGCAACCUCCAACGGCGCCACCAUCAAUCCCUCAGUCCAAGUCUCUCAUCUGCCCGAAACAGGCCUUUCAUUCUGCGCAACAGCACCUACAUCGCCCUUUGACACAAUCGUCAGCAUCCCUCCCUCUCUAACUCUCUCUUACCUCAACACUCUCCCUGGACGUGACGAUCCUAAGCCUUUCAGUCCUGGGUUUCUGGCCAAGACUCCACCCCAUGUCAUUGGACGCUUCGUUUUCAUCAAGCACUUUCUUCUCAAAGAGUCUUUCUGGACGCCGUAUAUACAGGCUCUCCCGCAGCCAAACGAUGUCGAUUCUUGGUCUUUGCCGCCUUUCUGGCCUGAUGAAGAUGCUGAGUUGUUUGAGGGGACGAAUAUCGAGGUCGGCGUCGCUAACAUCAAAGCCAAUGUGAAGCGCGAGUUCAGAGCGGCUUGCGAUAACUUGGAUAGGGACGAUUGGGAACCUGAACUGUUGAAGCAAUUUACUCUGCCGUUGUAUCAGUGGGCGUACAGCAUCUUUUCCAGCAGAAGUUUCCGACCAAGCCUUGUUCUGGGACCAGAGGACCAACAGCGUCUCCCCGAAGGCGUUAAACUGGACGACUUUUCUGUUCUCAUGCCCCUCUUUGACGUGGGAAACCACGACAUGACCACUCAAGUACGAUGGGAGCGCGACGAGAAGAGCAGCGACUGCAUUCUCAAGGUCGGAAAAGCGUAUCAACCAGGAGAGCAGAUCUUCAACAACUACAGCAUGAAGACAAAUGCUGAGCUACUACUCGGUUACGGAUUCAUGCUCCCAGAGACAGAGGAGCUACACAACGACUAUGUCCACGUGCGAAAGCGCCAACCUACCCAAGGCGAAGCUACAGAAGAGUACUACAUUUCCCUCCGCCCCAUUCGGCACUCUAGCUCUCUCCUUGCACGAACCAAACAAGCCGUCCAACUAGAUGAAUCAACAUCUGUAAUUGGCGCCUUCCAGCACGUUCAGCACGACAUGGUAUGGGACAUCUUCUGCACGCUUGCACCACCUGAGCAGCGCGCACAGUUCAUAUGUGAGGGCACAGAGCAGGAACAACAAAACAAGUUCUUUAGCGGACAGGUUAGUGAGGACGGACGGAUGUUUAUGCAGCAGACGGCGGCUAUUAUUCAGAACAAGGUUAUGCAGGAGCUGGAGAGGUUGUUGGAGACGGAUGUGGAAGUUGUUGGGGGAGGGGAUUUGAUGAGGAAUCAACAAUUGGCGCUGGAUUAUAGAGCGAGGUGUAGAAAGGUUCUUGAGAAUACUCUUGAGGCUAUGGAUAUGGAUGAGUUGUUUGGUGAAGAUGAGGAGGAGUAG